UGCAGAUGAGCACACGGCCUUCCAAAGUUUUUCCACCAAUAUUCGUGUUCUUUUAAAUAAACAGGGAUUUGGGAUAUCAAGAAGUAGUAGAGACUGUUCAACUCAGAUAUUAAGAUGAGCACAGACACGGUGGAGCAGUCGGAGGCUGCAGCUGAACAUGCAGAUUUAGAACAAAAUGGAAUUAACUUCAGUCGGCAAAUAAAGACGGAGGAUAUCCAUGACUCGCCACACCCUGUCUCAUCACUGAAGACAUCAUGUCACCUAACACAGAACCCUGCAGCAGCCGGCAGCCAGCUGGCAGCGGAUCUGCCCUCUCUCCACACCAUGCAGCAGCUGGUUCUGAUGCCACCUUCUCAUCUUCCAUCCUCCUCCUUCCUGCUCUCACAGACUCAGACGGGCAACCAAGCGCUUCUGCAGCAGAACCUGCUGUCCCUUCCCACCCAGAGUCAGUCUGGUCUUCUUCAGCAUCAGCCUGGACUCGCUCUGACUCCACAGGCAAUGAAUCGCUCAGGGCUGGCAGGACCAUCAAUGGACAGUCACAUGGACAUGCCCCACAUGCAGAUGCCUCGGCACAUGGCGGUAUCCCAGCAGGAAGAGCCCAAUGAUCUUGAAGAGCUGGAGCAGUUUGCCAAGGCCUUCAAACAAAGACGGAUAAAACUAGGAUUCACUCAGGGAGAUGUGGGCCUAGCCAUGGGGAAACUGUACGGCAAUGAUUUUAGCCAGACAACAAUCUCCCGCUUUGAGGCUCUCAAUCUUAGCUUCAAAAACAUGUGCAAGCUGAAACCCCUUCUGGAGAAAUGGCUGAGUGAUGCAGAGAACUCACCUUCUGAUUCUAUGAGCAACCCUGCUUCUCUGCCUCCCUUGAUAGAGGGCUAUGGACGAAAAAGAAAAAAGAGGACAAGUAUCGAAACAAAUAUCAAGCUGACUCUAGAGAAACGCUUCCUUGAUAACCCCAAGCCCAACUCGGAAGAGAUAACGCUGAUCUCAGAACAGCUCUCCAUGGAGAAAGAAGUGGUACGGGUUUGGUUCUGCAAUCGUCGUCAGAAAGAGAAGAGGAUCUACUGUCCUGUGGCAAGCUUACCAAUCAAACCCCAUAACUUCAGUUCCAGAAUGGCUUCCACGUCCAGAUCCUACAGUCCACUGGCAUCAGGUGGAGUUUCAUCAAGUUCCUCUCCUAAUAGUUCAAGUCGUGGAGCCUCGCCGAAUAGUAUGUCCACAUCCUGUACUACUCUGACAUCUCAGGUCAACCAAACUACCUACAGCACACCAGGGUCCUGGUACCGCACAUGGAACUCAACAGCGUAUCAUCACUGAGAAAACUGUAUCAUACACAGCUUCUGAAGAGGAACAACAAAACUCUUCUGCUUGUGAAAGCUAUAUGAUCAGAAGCAGUAACCCAGAAUAUAUCAAAACGUCCUUAAUGCAACUAAAAUGACAGUAGAGGCAGAUUAAAGUGACAUAUAAUGUCCCAAACAUCACCCAAGCCCUUAAAAAUUGUUAUGACUUUGAUUCUGAGCUGUUUAGUUCAUGAUCAUAAUUCCACAGCUCCACCAAGCUUUUUGUUGGUUGAUGGCCUUUUUUUUCUCAACAUUUUAAAAAGUUAUUUUUAUGAACAACUAUGGAGGAAAGCAGAAAAUCGACAACCACAAGGAACAAUUCCAGAGUUCAAGUUAACUUGGCUUAGUUUGAGGUUCCAACUACGAAGGACCAAAGGCUCUAUGGUGGUGUAGGCAUAGCAGUAGUCACAACUUGUUCCAGCACAGUUGUCCAUGUGGAUGUUGGUCUUCUGUCAGGGCUGCUGCUGCUGCCUUGCUGAAUGUGAAAUGCCUCCACUGGACAUCCGGGUACCUACCGCCUCUCAGAGAGCUGUUCCUGAGGCUUACACACAUUUUAAUUGUUUGCAUGGUUUAUGUAAAACUUGUUUUUAUCUGUUUUCAUCUCGGUGACACCAGAGAUUGGCCGCACGGAGCUGUUUUGCUGUCCUUGUGGUACCAGAAGCUUGGUUGUGAAAAACUGUUUCAUCAGUUAAAUUCAUGAAAGAGUUUUAUUUGUUAUCUGCUCCUGCUUCACGACUGGUUGCACACCAUGCUGCGGAUUUUAUGAGUAGAAAAUGAUGUUCUGGCAGAGCACAACUGUAUAAACCUGAGUGACGUGUCACUGCUAGAGUGACAGCUUCCUCCACGUUCGACUCUGCCCCACUUCACUGUGAUAUGUUGCGGCCAUGAAUACUGUUGUGACCGGUGCCUUGUUUUGGUU